CCAGAGGGGGUGUGAACACCGGAAAGACUGCCCCAAACCAUGGGCAAUAAAUGCUGUAAGUCUGGUCCAGAUGAGGAUGCACUAGAGAAAGAAAGACUGAAGCGGCUUCGCAAGAAACGCCGCAGAGCCCGGAUCAAGGCGGCCAGGAAAAUCCAGGCCUGGUGGCGUGGCACCCUGGUGCGCCGCACCCUGCUGGCGGCUGCCCUCCGGGCCUGGGUGAUCCAGAACUGGUGGAGGGCGGUCCUGUGCAGGCGGGUUCUUCAGCGGCGGCAGGACCUGCUGAAGAUCUACGUCAUCCGGGAGGAGGCAGCCGUCAGGCUCCAGUCCUGGGUUCGCAUGUGGCAGUGCCACCGACGUUACUGCCACAUAUGGCACGCCCUCUGCAUCCUCCAGGUCCCAAAAGGCUGCUUCGCCUUACAGACCGAUGACCAUCUACAGGACCAGUACGACGUCCCUCCCAGGCAGCCUGAGUUCCACAUCGAAAUCCUAUCGGUCUAA